AUGAACUUCUUAUAAUUUAACAAAAAUUAGAUCAACAUAGCUUUUAUUAAUUGUUAAAGAAUAUAAAUUAUAAAUAGUAUCUUUUAAUUAAAUUAGGGGAUUAAUGGUGGAGCUUUAUUUAUUUAAAAUAAUAUUAAUUAUUUGAAAUUGAAGAAUUCUACGUUUGUUCAAAAUACUGCUUUCGCAAGUGGUGGUGCUUUAUAUUUAUUAGAGUAAAAUGGUCUAUUAGACAUAGAUAAUUAAACAAUAAUUGAACAAAAUAAAGCUUAAAUCGGAGGAGGGUUAAAAUUAUAGAAUUCUAUGUUAAAUACUACCCCAAAAUAACUUAUAGAAUUAAUGAAAAAAAUAAAUUUUAAAAAUAAUGAGGCUAAGAUAUUUGGAUAGAAUUAUUAACUUGGAUGCCAUUCUCUUAAAAUUGAGAUGAUUUCUAGGCAAAAUUAGGAAAAAAAAAUUAAAUUUAUAUACAAUGAUUUGUAAAAACAAAGCCUAGCAUUUGAGUCUUAAUAUUCAGGAAAAGUAUUUAUGAAGGAUAUUAAAAGUGGUGAUAUUAUUGAUUUUGCAGUCUCAAUCAUUGACGAAGAAGGAAAUAAAUUUAUUCUAACUUAAGAUAAUUAUUUUAUUAAAAAUAAUAAUCUAAAAAUUAUUGAACUUAAUAAAUAUUCAUUUUAAUUAUAAAUUAUCAUUACUUUUUAUUUAAUAAAGUAAUGA